AUGGAUGUUUUUCACACAUACACCUACGCGACAGCCGGAUGGCUCUCACUGCAAAGUCUGCCCUUAAUAGCCGGUCCAGGGAUGAUCGUAGCUCUGCUUUUGGAUGAGACGCGACCAGCAAGCUCAAUCGAAGUCUACUUCGCGCGGUGUCUCGGAUUCGGUCUUCUGACCAUCGCAAUCUUAACCGUUAUGCUCACGGGCUCGAUUCCAUUGACAGCCACAGUCGCAGAGCCCGUCACUACAGAAGACUCGGACCCCAAAGCCCCCUAUGCUCUACCAACUCUAAUGGUGACAUCCUUAUACCAUUCCAUAUCCGGAUUUUAUGCCUACACGUGGUAUGCUACUGGCGGACAGGGUGUAUUUGCUGUUGCAGUGGCUGGGAAUUCUCUUCUUGCCUUUAUUGGGCUUUGGUGCGUGCUUUUUGCGAGCAGCGAGGGCAGGAUCAGUCGCAGGACGGGUGCUGAUAAAAGGACGACCGGAUUCCCCUUCUCCAACACGGAAGCUGAUAAGAAGCACAUUGGGAAGAAACGCAUUUAA